UUACGACGAAUAAUAAUUACAAUAUAUAAUCACCUUCAGGUCACUGAACAACUAACUCAUGGCAAUGUUGACCUUCUUCCCGAGAUUCACGCGUUGUCCUCUGGCUUGAAAUCGGUCGUUUCAUGGGAAGCCGCUCAGGGCAUCGAGCAAUGUCGUUUGGCCUGUGGUGGUCAUGGAUAUUCGCUGGCAUCGGCAUUCCCCGAAAUCUACGCCUAUUCAGUCGGUGGUUGCACCUAUGAGGGCGAGAAUAUCGUCAUGUUGUUGCAGGUCGCCAGGUUCCUGAUGAAAGCCGCAGAAGAAGUUCGUAGUGGAAAUGCACGACUAGCGACGAUAUGCGCGUACCUGGCGAGACCUGCCAGAGCACAUUCGAAUUUCAACACCUGGCAAACGUAUUCUGACUCUGAUAUAGUGCAAGACUUUGAACAUGUGGCCAGAAAACAGCAGUUUUAUGUUCCAGUCUUCCGUGCAUUUGAUGCCCUGAAACGACACCAACGUGAAACGUCGACUGAGGAGGCAUGGAAUCGCGCCUCAAUCGAGUUGUGCAAGGCGUCUCGAAUGCACGUCCGCCUUUAUCUGAUACGUACGUUCCUGGAAAAAGUCGCUACCGCCCCGGACGCCUCUCUACGAACACCGCUUACCGAUCUCACGCGACUCUACGCUUUCGACAUGAUCACUGCUAGUCAAGGAGAAUUUUUGAAGGGUGGCUACAUGUCGGAAAGUCAAGCGGAAGGAAUUCGAGAUGGUAUUUAUCGAUGCUUGGAGAGACUCCGACCGAAUGCCGUCUCGUUAGUUGACAGCUGGGACUUUGACGAUGCUGAACUUCACUCGGUUCUUGGACGUCGUGAUGGGAACGUCUACCCAGCCCUGCUAGAAUGGGCCCAGAAGAGUCAGCUGAAUAAGACUGAGGUGCUGCCGACGUUCGAGAAGUACCUUUGGACCAAUGAUGAAGGAAGGACGAUCUAA